UAAAAAUUAAUGCGCAAUAAUUGUUGCUAUUCUUGUUUAAUUCGUUUUCAAUUAAACUGCUUUUUACACAAAAUUUGUCUGCUUUAAAUGCUAUAAAAGAAAUUGUUGCUAUAGUCGUUGAUCGUGUUGGCGCCCCUGCGCUUCUGUCAAUUGUCAGUACGUCACAAAAAUUAUUUAAAAAAAAAAACAAUUCCUCUUUCAGGAGAGCCUCAAAAACUGUCACCCCCAGGUGAAAACCAUGCAUUUUAAAUUUUUAACGAAGCUUGUGAAUUUCUGUUGGUUUCAGUGACAGCCCCAACCAGCACCUUAACCUAAAAUGCUAGAUGAUAGAAACACGGAUCUCUACCAAUUAUCGUACGUGUAUAGCCGCAAUGAGAAACUGCCCUAUCAGUGCCCCUUCUGCGAACAAAAAUUCCUAACAAAAAUAUUGCUUCGAGUCCACAAACAAAAACAUACUCUGACUGACAUGGAAGAAGACAGUUUGACCCUUUAUUGCGUCGAGUGCGGCGAGACCUUCACCACCCCCAAGAUCCUCGCAACCCACAUCGCACACCGCCACCCCGCUAAAACCUUCCUAUGCGAAACGUGCAACAAAAGCUUUAAGACCCGCCAGCAGCUCAAAAUCCACGCCACGAUCCACAGCAAAGACAACCCGUUCAAGUGCGAGCAGUGCGACAAAGAGUUCAAGCGCAAGCCCUUGUUGAAAUCGCAUUUGAAGAGCCACGACGACGCGAGGGAGUUCGAGUGCGAGUUGUGCGACAAAGAGUUCAAAACGAAACAGCAGUUGCAGAAACACAUGAUGUUGGUGCACACGGACAUAAAGCCGUUUUGUUGCGAGCAAUGCGGGAAGGAGUUCAAGUUGAAGCAGACGCUGCAGAACCACGAGAAGACGCACUCGGAGGAGAAGGAAUUCCGGUGCGAUUUGUGCAAAAAGGAGUUUAAGUUGAAGCCGCAGUUGCUGAAUCACUUGAAAAUACACAGUGAUCUAAAACCGUAUCAGUGCGAUGACUGUGAGAAAAGCUUUAAGUUCAAGCAGCAGUUGCAGAAUCACCAGAUGGUGCACUCGGGGUAUAAGCCGUUCGAGUGCGAAUUUUGUAUUGAAAGAUUUUUUGUGCGAGAAGUGUGAUAAGGGGUUUCGUACCAAGCAGCAGCUGCAAGUUCACCAGAAGGUGCAUAAAUAAUGGGUUUGUUAUAUAGUUGUUUUGUUUAUAUUGUUUACAAAUUUAAAUAAAUUAUGUUUUGAAAAAAUAAAA